AGGUAAUAAUUAAUCAGCUAUAGUAAAUGCAGUAUUUAAGGUUUGGGUGAAGUGAACCCACAAAGCUGAUCUGUAGAGACUGAGCACAGAGAUCAAAAUGUUUUUCCGAGCAUUGCUGCUAAUCUGCUCUCUUUCCAGCGCUCAGCUGCAUGCUGCCGCUGAAAAUGAAAUCAGACAAACUGGAUCACAGGAAGGAGACGCAGAAAAUCUUUCAAAUAAUCAACAAACCUUUACGCAGGACAUCAACGCUGUGCUGAGAGAGAUGAGCGCCUCACUGGCUGGACUGAAGGUGGAGCUCAGGUGCUUACAGAAAGAUCAUGAUGCGAAGGUGAGCGAACUGGAGUUGCAAAAGACUGAGGUGGAAAAGUUGAAACAACAGCACCAAGAAAAAAAUAAAGAGUUGGACAAUCUGAAACAACACUACUAAGGUAUUUAAAUACUGAUUAUAUGUUAUCUAUGACAUCAUCUUGUUUGCCUGCAUUUUGCUAAAUCUAGCAAAUAUAACAGAACUGAGGCAAAUCAAAGUGUCUCUUGUGUGUCAUGUACUUAUAACCACUUAAAUCUUAAGGAAAACAAGACAACUAAAGUGAAACGAAUAUCUGUUUUUUUCCCCUAGGUAACAGGAAGGGGUAACAUAAUAAUAAUAAUAAUAAUAAUAAUAAUAAUAAUAAUAAUAAUAAUAAUAAUAAUAAUAAUAAUAAUAAUAAUAAUAAUAAUAAUAAUAAUUACUGUGGUUUAUUUGAUUUCAGGUCAGGCUGAAGAACUGCUCAGAGUUCAAACCAGGGCAAACAGAACUGAAAACCAGGUGGAGGCUUUAAGAAGAGAAGGAGAAGUGAAACGAGUGGCUUUCUCAGCUUCCUUGUUGACCUCUGGUUCAGAAACCUUUGGACCAUUUAACACACACACACCGUUGGUCUUCAGACAUGUUGUUUCAAACAUCGGAAAUGCCUACAACCCAAACACAGGUUUUUUCACAGCUCCAGUCAAAGGAGCCUACCACUUUGAGUUCCAUAUCUAUGGACCUGGACAUGCUUCACAUUCUGCAGGUGCUGUGUUGACCAAGAAUGGAGAGCAUAUUUUUAUGGCAUAUGAACAUCAGCCUACUCUUUAUGUUAAAUCUGCUAAUGGUGUCACAUUGCUGUUAGAGGUUGGAGAUGUUAUAUUUUUGCGUCAGUGGCAAAACUCAAUAAUUUAUGAUAACCAAAAUCGUCACAAUACCUUCAGUGGUCAUCUGCUUUUCACCAUGUGAGCAGCAAGCAGUGCUGAUCUUCAUCAUCAUCUCUACAACAUAUAGGAACUAAUGUGUACACUUAGCUAUAUAUACAUUUCUUACUUGUUUUUAGAACUUCAGUUUUUAGUCACAUCAGUAAAUGCAAUGAUUGCGACUUUUAGUCAAAUGUAUAUAUUUAAUUUCAAUCGGACUGUGUUUUGUAAUGUGUGAUUUUUGUGGUUUAUUGUGUGUUUGUCUUUAAUUGCUAUUUUAUGCACAGUACUUGGAUCAACAACUAUUGUUUGAAAACAUGUUUUACAAAUAAAAGUUUAUUGAUUGAACCAUAUUUUAAACUGUAUGAUUUUGUUUGUUUAGUAGAAACUUAAUGUUCAUCUUAUAUUUUUUUUCAGAAAGCAACAUUGCCCGUCUGUCUGUGAAUGAAACGAUCUAUCUAUUCUUUGUGACCAAGCACAUUUUGACAAUAUUCCACUGCAGACACCGAACAGGCAACUGCAUACUUUUUACACAUUAAAUAUUUUUAUUUCAAGAAAUGUUGUGGAUAAUGUGAACUUCAGAUAACAGUUAUUUUUCGUAGCCUCCAAAUCCUUCAAGAAAACGACAGAAACAAGAAACAACUCAGUCUAAAGAGCAGAGUGGAAGCAUCUUAGAGUGCAAUCAAAAAACUGAGGCUGAGGUAUGGCAGGCCAUUUAGGACAAAAACUACGUUUUCUCUCACACACGUUUAUACACACACCCUCAUUACCUUGCACUCUCACAUGAUUGUUGUGAGAUACUCACAAUCAGUAGUCAGUUUCAUGACGUAGUCUGCUUGUGGGGAAGUAACAGUAAUCUAAUUGCUUGUUUUCUGGAUUUGUAAUCCCUUACUUUACUUGUUAUCCGUUGCUGCACUUCACUGACUGUAACAGUACAAAGACUUAUUGAGCACUGGGGCAAGGCAGAGGAGCUGUAAUUUUUAACAGAUUAUCUGAGUCAUAACAUACUAUCACAACAUAGUGACAGUUUUAACAAAUAUGUAAAAAAAAUAUUAUUUUUUUAAAAUAAAAGUUGCAUACUGCAGCUUUUAAGGACCAGCACAGGCUGCACAAAAGUGUGUUCAGUCCCAUGACCAAUUAAAUAUGUUACGCAUCAAUAGAUCAUAAAUACACAAGUAAUAGAAAUGGAUGUUCUAAUAUCAGUUGCUUCCAGCUUUAAAUUCUUUUUAAAAAAUUAAAUGUUUUUAAAUCUUGAGAUUUUGUUAAAUGUUUAGCUAUGAGAAGAGUGUGCCAGUAAUAUAAUGCUUUUGACCAAAGGUUAUGCCUUUUUAUUGAUCAAACCCAAGCUAACAUCUGUUGACUGCACAGACUUCAGACAAAAGAUUUAGUUAAUUAUUUGUCAGCUGCUGUGUAUAUUUAAGGCUCGGCUCAUCACAGAAACCACAAAAUAUGAUGUUGAGAAUGGAAAUGACAAUGGUUUUCUCACUGUUGUUGCUAAUCUGCUUUCUCUCCACAGCUCAGCUACAGCCAGAGUCUAACAAUGAAAUUAUUUCACAUUUAAGGCAAACAACAGAUGCAGGAAACCUAUCAGACAAUCAACAAACUUGUGCACAGGACAUCCAUGCAGUGCUGAGAGAGAUGAGCGCCUCAUUGGCUGGACUGAAGGUUGGUAUGGAGUAUCUACAGAAAGAUAAUGAAGCCAAGACAAAAGAACUGGACUUGAUAAAACAACAAUACCAAGAACAAGUUACAAAAGUAGGAAAUCUUGAGCAGCAGUACCAAGAGCAAGUGACAAAAGUAGGAAGUCUUGAGCAGCAGUACCAAGCUCAGCUAGGAGAACUGAUCAGCGUUAAAGCCAGGACAAACAACACUGAAAACCAAGUGGAGGUUCUGAAGAGAGAAAGAAAAGUGAAACAAGUGGCUUUCUCAGCUUCCUUGCUGGCAUCAGGUGAUGGACAUAUUGGACCAUUUAACACACAGACACCUCUAGUCUUCAGACGUGUUGUUUCAAAUAUUGGAAAUGCCUACAACCCAAACACAGGUUUUUUCAUUGCCCCGGUGAGAGGAGCCUAUCACUUUGAGUUCCACUUAUAUGGAGGUGGACAUGCGUCACAUGGGACAGGUGCUGUCCUGGUCAAGAACGGGGAUCCUAUUUUUAUUGCAUAUGAACAUCAGGCUUCCUACUCUGUUAGCCCAUCUAAUGGAGCCACAUUGUUGUUAGAAACUGGAGAUGUUGUGUUUUUGCUUCACAGGCAAAACACAAGGAUUUAUGAUGACCAAAAUCAUCAUACCACCUUCAGUGGUCACUUGCUUUUCACUGUGUGAGCAGAAAGAAGUCCUAAUUUUAUUUCUGCCUCAGAAGUGUAUAAUAAUAUAUACAUGACUUUUUAUAACUGCAUUAAAUUUUUUUAUUGUCUUUCAUUUUGCCUUAAAUUUCCACAAUAAUUUACCAGCCACAAUGGUUCUAACGAUUCUCUUUCAAUUUUUUCUUUUCUUAAUAGAAAACACACAAAAUGCAACAUAGAACUUCAAUAUAGUUUUAUUGAAACAUUUAUUGUAAUGUGCUGUUUGUUUCAGAUCAAAAUUGUUCACUUUUGGGCGUGCCAUGGUGGCGUAGUGGUUAGCGCGAUCCGUAUUUGGAGGCCUUGAGUCCUCGAC